AAUGGUUGACAUUUACAUGCUGACGGGUAUUGUUGAUGUCUGUGGACAAAAGAAAAAGAAAUUUCCCUUUGGAAAGUUUGUUUGUGUUAUCGCAGCUGUAACACGUCCGCGAUCCUCCCGGAACCCAAAGUAAGGAAAAUGAAAGUCCCGCUUCGACACCUGGCCCUGAAAAUUAUCCCACAAUGAAGCGUCAACGGGUCAAAGCUGUAUCGAGCAGUAAUCAUGUUUACGUGGAGGAACCAUACACGGCCGAGUAUUCCGAUUUACCACUGGCACAACUCAAGUUGCCUCCCGUAGAAAAAUGGCUAGAGGCGCAAAUAUUGCCAGGUGAUACAUUGCAAGCUAUUGCGCUUCGAUUCAACUGUUCGAUACCACAAUUGAAAAAGUUGAAUAAAAUUGACAAGGACAACGAAAUUUACGCACGCAACGUGAUUCGUGUGCCGGUGACACCACUCUCGAUACUGCUGGAAACACUUCCGCGUGUACACACGAGCGGAAACAGUAGUCCGAAAAACAUCACAAACACUCCACCGAACGCGAGCCAUCAUGUUCCGGCCGAUACGAAAGCUACGUUGGACGAAAAACUCAUUCUUGCCGCCGUAAGCAACGCAUCCAUUCAACCGAGCAGCAGUGCUGUUACACAGUUUCCUAAAAAGUCUUCCGGAAAACACAGGGACGCUAGCGCACGAUCGAGUGAGAUCGAACUUGAAGACUUGCACGAUGACAUGGACUUCGAUGAGCUUUCGAGCCAACCGUUGCUGCUCAGUGGCGAAUAUGACGAUAGUGUACCGCAGCCGCGCCAACUUCGGCUACCGGCAAACGACUUUUCGUGCAAUGGGAGCGAUUGUGAUAUUUCAUGGAUUUGUUUGCUCGUCUUUAUCCUAGCGCUUUGCUUUGCAAUUCCACUUAUUUAUGUAGUAUAUGUGGCGGAACACAUAGACAAAUACCAUCACAAUAGUUUUAACGUUAAUCACAGCACUAAGCUGUGACCAAGCAGGGAAGGCGAUUGUAAUACGAGUUUGUUGUUUUAAGUAUCCGAUCUGUAAACGGUAUUCUGUGUCCUGUUGGUGGGAUGCAGGUGUGGAGAGACGAUAACUAUCUAAAGAUUUAUUGCGAGCGGUGUCAAACAUCUGUAAAAAGAGUGCCUUUUGCAACUGUUGAUUAGCUCUUUAAAUAAAAUGAUAUUUUCUUCAGUAAA